AAGCUGACUGAGAUGGGUCGCUACAUGGACGUUAGUCUCCAACCAUUAAGACAACAAACGUCCCUUAAAGAGGUGACAUCAUCUAAAGGAGGAGCUGAGAGGGGAUCCCUUCACAGGAAGGUGCGAGUGGACAGCCUUUGUUCCUCAGACACAUCCUACGACUCGUCGGGCAGCUCAGAACUGGAGUGGGAUUUUGAAUCUGCAAUUUCACAGUGGAGUAAACCUGCAGCAAAACCACGAGAGGGGGAUGAUUUUCCCCUUCAGGACUGGCCGAAAAUGUCCAAACCCUUCAAAGUCUGCAUCUGCUCCAUGUUCGAACGGCCGCAGAAACCUCUGUGUGCUGCAGACGACGGCGGCUCUGCUGCCAGCUGAACUAUUCUUCAAACCUAUGUGCUUCAGCAACUUUGAAAUUCAUUAAAAAUGCAAACAAUGGCCUGCUAUUGUCAUUUUUUUAUUGCAGUUUUACUUUUUAGUAUGAACAUAACUCUACAUGAUUGAUGUUUGGGAGAUGGUUCCUGCAGCUCCUUGAGAACUUUAAUCUUUUCUGAAGGUUUACAGAGAACACCUUCCCCAAUAAACAGUAUUGC